CGUGUGGACUGUUUCGGGAGGUGACCUGAUCAGCACGCUAACAAUCUUGUUUUUAAGUGUUUCUGAGCUAUGGAUGAAUUACCUGCGGACCUCCAAGCUUUUCUUCUUAAUCACCCGUUUCUUCAGCUCACAGAUGCUAAAAAGAUCAAAUGCACUCUGAACGGCCACGAGUUUCCUUGCAACCUCACGGAGCUGCAGAAGUUCACCAAGGCGAAGAAAUAUGAGAGACUGAGUGCAGCAGCAGACUUCAACUACAGCCAGUAUGAGCCACACAUCGUGCCAAGCACAAAGCAACCCAAUCAGCUCUUCUGCAAGCUGACCCUCAGACAUCUCAAUCGGCAGCCGCACCACGUCUUAAGACAUGUUAAUGGGAAACGCUUCAAGAAAGCCCUCGGCAAAUAUGAAGAGUGUGUGAAGCAGGGGAUUGAAUUCGUUCCCGCCAGAAUGAAACAGAAAAGGCCCAAAGCCACCGGAGAGGAGUUCAGUCGGGGGAUGCCCUCGAAACGUGGAAACAGCAUGUGGGAGCCGUCGUCCAGCGAGGAGGAUCACAGUGACUCAGAGGACAGCAUGAGUGACCUCUACCCCCCUGCUAUGUUCAGUUUAAAAAACCCAGAAGAAGAAAGUAUGGAGGGUGAAAAAGAUAAAGAGGAAGAUGACUUUCAAACAGAUGAGGAUGAGGAGGAGGAGGAGGACGACAUGGAGGUGGACAAGCAGGUGGCGCAGAAACGCAAAAAGGUUCAAGGUGGUGGUUUUCAGAAGAAAUUCCGAAAUAACCACUGGAAAUCAGGGCGCAAGAAAAAAGGCAAAGCGCAAAAUGGAAAAUAAAAUGCAAAACCAUUUCUGUACAGUAUUUUUGUACCUGGUUAUGUGUCAGGACGUGACAUGGACAUCCAGUUUGGAGGACUACAUCAGUGUCUGAGCCAGGCUGCCCUUUAAACAUCCAUCAUCACGGAUGUUUCACAUUUUUCACAAAGAUUUCCUAUUUUUAAUGUCGUGAUGUUGCACAGUUUCGAGGCUGGUUUACAUGACAUGGGAAAUGUGUUUGUGAAAGUUAACCCAUCAUUUAGAAUGGAUAAGCUGUCUUUUCUGGUUUGCAGUCAAAUGCAAAAUACAACUCUGUUUGGAUUUGCAAA